UUGUUUAUGUACUAUGUGAUAAUGUGAUAUAACGAUAAUCUGUAUUUCUGUAAACUGAAUAAAAAUAAUUCAAAAUAUUUCGUUCAAUGCGUUCAUGUUAAUGUUUAAAAUAUAUUAAAUUAGUAAUUACAGACAUUACAGUGAUUACACGAUGAUGAUUUACACACUACACAGUAUUACUGAAACGACUAACGAUUUUUUAAUUCUCAUUUUUUUUUUUUAAAUACAUUAUCAAAAUUAAAGUAUUCUAAUAACUAAUUUAAGUUAUUAACCAUCAGACCAUCAGCUAUUAAGUUAUCAAUUUUUUCAACAAUGGAUAUUUUGUAUCCAUGCAGUCUGUGUUCACAGACUUUUACAUUAAGAAAACAUAUUUUAAAACAUAUGAAAACUGUUCACGAAUCUAACGUUUCUAAAAUAUGUGAUGAUGAUUCCAAAAGUUUAUUAAACUGUUCACAAUGUCAUAAAAAGUUUAAUAAUAAUAGUGUGUUAAACAAACAUAGACAAUUAGAUCACAAUAUUUCAAUACUAAAUUUAAGCAAGUACAAUUCAGGGCCAUCAAAGAAAAGAGUUUCUCAAAAGCUCGAUGCUUAUUUAUCAUUAAAAGAUUGUUUGCCAGAUGAUUAUUCUUAUAAAAUAUUAGCAUUCAAAGAUAUUUUAUAUGGACAGUUUAAAGCAAAGUUUCUAAUUAUUAACAUCGAUAAAGAAUCAUUUUUAAAUUGGUUGGAUAAUUUAUGUCAUAAAACUAAAGUUAAUUAUAUAACUGAAAAUGUAAAUUCUAUUUCUUUAAAAAACAUCCAUCGAAAAGUGUAUAAAUGCAAAAACAUUGAUUAUUGGAAUAUUAAGUCCAAUAGUAUUCUGCAAAAACCAACUAGUUGUAAAGCCAGUUUAACAGUUACAAUUAAACCUUUAAACAAAGAAUUAGCUCAUCAAUCAAAAGCUGUCAUACUAAUGAAACAUUGUCAUUGUCAUCCUAAAAAUAAUUUCACUUCAAUGAAAUCUUUAGAUAUAUUUCAUGUUUAUGAUCAAUUUGCACAUUUAUUUAAAAACGGUCUACCAGCAGCUAGUGCACUGCAUACAUAUACAAUUAAAACUAUACAAAAUGAAGGUAUAAAUCAUUAUUUGAAAUUAAUGGAUUCAGGAGUCAAACCAGAUGUAGAAUUUGUCUAUGAGUUGUACUACAGGUACAUUAGAAAGUCUAGAUUUUCAUCACCGUUUGUUAAACGUGUAGAUUCAUUAAUGGAAUCUCUAAAAUAUUAUAAUACUAGAAUAGGAAGAAAGAGUGCUGAUAUUGAAUUAAUAGAAAACAAUAUUGUGGUAGCUGUUCGAACUCCGCUAAUGGAAAAAAUUAAUACCGAUACAGUAUUUGUGUGCUCAACUAGUUUAGAUAUUUGUAAGACAUGGUUUAUGUUUAGUGAAACUGAUAAAAAAAUAAUGAUCCCUGUAGGAGUAAUUAUAUCCACAAAUGAUAAGGACUGUUUGUUAAAAGCAGGUUUAUGUUUGUGGGAAAAGUUAGGUGGUAGGACCAAGACUGUUGUAGUAGGCUUAGAAUAUACACAUGUAUUCCAAACAGUUUUUCCUAAAGCCACUGUAUGUGUUUCAAAAUUUCAUUUUUUGCUGAGUGUGUGGAAAUGGCUUAUUAAUGUCACAGAUAAAAAUAAUUUAGUUGAAGAAUUAAAUUGUUUUAUUGAAUUAAAAAAAAUAGUAUGUUCUGAAAAUUUUAUUAUCGAUCAUUUAAUAGAUAACAAUUUUGCUAUUGUUUUAGUUGAAAAAUAUCCAAAUUUCAAUCAAUUUAUGCAAAAUAUUAAUGAAAAUAAUUUUUUAUUUUGUUCGUCUAUGUUUACUCAUCCAUGCUCCACAAUUUCUGAACGGAAAUUUAUUUAUCACCAUACUAAUUCACUUUCAAUCUUACAAACAUUUCAUUUUGUUAUUGAUGAAAUUGACUUUUUCUACAACAAUUUGUUUACAGAUAAUCCAUAUAAUAAUCAACAAAUAAUUUUAAAUAACUUCAAAGAGAUUAACAGAGAUAAAAACUGUUUUACUUACUGUUGUAUGAAUGACAAUCAUUCCAUGUACUUAGUAGAAAAUAAUAAUGGUGGUAAAUUUUUUGUUGAUAUGGAUAUCGGACUUUGUUCUUGCACUAUUAUUAAUGUGUGUUCUCCGUGUAUCCACCAAGAGUUUUUAAGUGAAAGUUUGAAUAAAAAUAUCAUAAACUGUUCAGAAGAUAGUGAUAUUUGUAUAUUAAAUACAUCUAAUUAUGAUGAAGAAAAACAAAAUACAGAAAAAAAAGAAUUUGAAAAUAUUUUAUCAGAAUUUCAAUCUGUUCAUAAUAAGAUAAAAGAACAAUUUGUGAUUGAUCCUGAAUAUUUUAAAGUUGGCAUUCAGAGGUUUGUUUCAACUUGGAAGAACCAUCUAACAUCAGAUAAAUCUUUAUUAUUAGCCUGUAAUUCUUUAAGCAAUAUUUACCAAUCAAAUUUAGACGACGAUUCAUAGACCAUAUUAUGAAGUUUAUAUUUUGGGAUUUUAAUUUGUUUGUUAUUUUUUUAUAUAAUGUGAUGAGGUUAUUUUUUAAUAUUAGUUUAAAAAGAGUAAAGCAAUAAAUAAUAAUAUACUGAUAAUUUUAGAACCUAAAAUAUAAUGUUUUAGGUUAAAAGGAAAUACAUUUUAAAUCCUGUUUUUUCAUUAAAAUAUUUCAAUAAUAUAACUUUAUAAUCUGACAUAUUUUAUUAUCUAUCAUUGUCUGUUAAUUAUUUUAGACAUUAUUAAUGUAAGUUGUAAAAAUGUUGUUUCUAUUAUGUAAAUAAUAUUCUUUACUGCUUAAAAUGAUUGUAAUGCUAUAAGAUUGUUGUACAUAUUUUUUUAAUAUUUUAACAAAAAAAGAAUCAUUCAUCACUCACAGUAAUUAGUUUAAUGGAAGAACUGAACAACUUUUUAACCUGAAAUAAGUGGAUUAGUUUUAUUCUUGUUUAGCAAUAAGUGUGCAAUAUCUUUAAAAUUACCUAGAAAGGAUUACAGAAAUGUAUCCAUUCAUUUUGAUGAUAUGUAAAUUAUAAAAUGUUAGCCUAUAAAUAAUCUAAAUUACUUACUUAUAAUUUUAUGUUUUAAAUUUUAAAUAAAUUACUUGAUACACGUAGUUCCUAACUAAUAAUGUAACUAUGUAGGUACUUAACAUAUUAUAUAUGUAUUAUAUGGUGAUAUUUCAAACUAUUUGAUAAAUAGUAAUUUUAAUUCAUAGUUUAAUCUAAUUCAUGUUUCGUAUUAUUUGUAAGAUAUUGUUUACCAUAAUUCAAAAUUAUUUUAUGCAAAUCUAAUUAUAGGUACAUAAUAUAAAAAUACAUUCAAGUAAAUAUUAUUAUUUUCAUUGAUCAAAUAUGUAUAACAAACUUAAAAAACAAAUAUUGUGAAAAUUUUAAUUCAUAUUUGAGAGUGCCAAUGAUGACUAGAUGAGUGCUAACCUUUGAUUGUUUAUAGUACUAUAAAUUUAUUCAGCUAUUAAUUAUUAUUAAUUUAGCGAAUAAAAUUUAUAUUACUUGAUCACUGAAAACACAAGUUGCUGAGGCUUUACGAUUCAGGGAUGAAUAAAUGAACAAAUAAAUUGAACUACUGCUUAAUCAUUAGGGAACAGUUCAGAGUUUAUUCGGAUGAUUUAGAUCUCACAUUAGACAGGUAUUAUAAUUUGCAUAAAUAUAAUUUAAAUACUUCUCUAUGGCUAUUAAUAUUAAUAA